AUGAGGCCUUCGGAGAAAUCCACCUGGCAGGGGAGCAAUGAAAAAGAAAACCAUCACUUUAAUUUUGAUAACAUCAGCAAGGACGGGUCAAGACACAAAAAGUACACAAACAAUAUAAAUUGUCGCAUUACAUGUGGCGCUCUUGCAAAGUUCACAGGAAAUUUAAAAAAAAUUAUACUCUACGGGCAUCUUGACAUGAAUAACGAACAACCAGAAUAUCUACAACAACAAGCACAACAACAACAAGAUCUACAACAACAACAACAACAAGCGCAACAACAACAACAAGUGCAACAACAACAACAAGCGCAACAACAACAACAACAAGCGCAACAACAACAACAAGCGCAACAACAACAACAAGCGCAACAACAACAACAAGCGCAACAACAACAACAAGCGCAACAACAAGCGCAGCAACAACAACAACAAGCGCAACAACAACAAGCGCAACAACAACAACAACAAGCGCAACAACAAGGGCAACAACAAGCGCAACAACAAGGGCAACAACAAGCGCAACAACAAGGGCAACAACCACAACAAGCGCAACAACCACAACAAGCGCAACAACCACAACAAGCGCAACAACCACAACAACAACAACAACAAGAUCUACAACAACAACAAGAUCUACAACAACAACCACAACAACAACCACAGCAAGAACAAGUGUGGAGGAAUGGGCAACGAUACCUUGUGUAUCACAACGUCCGAAGGGUAAGUAACAUAAAAUUAUUUUCUCCUUACAGAACUUUAUCAUAAAGUUAUUAUCGACACUUUUAUCAAUUUAGAAUCCGAGAAGAGCAGUCAAGAGAGUGGCGUAAGUAUUUUUCUUGCUAUAUUUUUUUUAUAUCAGCCACCGCCAAUGCAUGCUUUACAUAAAGUAUUCAACUUUCUUACCUCAGAAAUCUUUUUGUACUAGUAUUUGAAGAAACUAGCUACAUUAAAUAAAGGACACGCUAACCAAUAUUCGAAAGAAGUAUAAUAGAAUAGUACAAUCUUUUUCUGGAACAACGUUCUUGAAACAAUUGUACAAAAUUAAGCUGUUCUUAAGUUUGUAGUGAUUUUUUGCGAUCGUUUGUUGAACAAGGCUAUAUUUUGGCUCUCGUAUGAAAAGAGUUAUUGUAGAAUUUAGCAUCCGAAAGACAAUUCAGUUUGUUAGGCAUCUUCGUAAAAAAGCGUUGGAUAUAUAUUGUAGGAAAUUAUUUUUGGUGUUUGAUUCUCAGAAAUACACUUAAUACACAUAAUUUGUUUCGUUCAAUACAUUAUAUACAUUAUUUCUUUCUUGUAGACCAAAUGAUGGCCAGCCAGUU